AUGUGUCGCAUCAUCAACUUCCUGCUGGCUCUGCUGAGCCGUUUCCUGUUUGCUGUGCAUGGGGUGGUGACCGUGUGGCGUGUGGUCGCCGUCAAAGGGGAGCCCCUCUAUUGGCUGCUGCUGAUGGGCGUGGCUCUGCUGGGGGUGGAGAUGGCAGUCACCAUCAAGUGUACCCGCAAUGCAGAGUGGAAAUGGUUCUCCCCCAUGGUUUUCCUCUACCUCAGUACCGUCAUCCCCUCCAUUUGGUUCCUGGAGCUCAGCCUGCUGCAGUACAAGCUCCCUGUCAACAUCUCCUCUGGCCCCGAGCUAGAAGAGCUGCUGGCUCACAUCCCCAUCUCAGCGGACAUCUUGCAGCUGGACCCAGAGAACUGGGCGGCAGGGCUGGAGCAGACCAUGCUCAUCGUACUGGUGCUGGGCCGCUGGCUUAUGCCCAAAGGAGACAUGUCCCGCGACCAGCUCUCCCAGCUCCUCAUGGUCUACGUGGGCCUGGGCGCUGACAUCCUGGACAUCUUUGACACCUUCAAGGAGCCUGAGGUCAAGACCAACCGGGCCGUUAUCAUUAUGGGCCUUGCCCUCUUUUCCUGGGCCCUCAUGCAGUUCCCCUUGGUUCUGACCCAGACCAGUCCCCCCAAGGCCCAUCUCCAGACCUGUUUGUCCCAGCCCGGCUUCCCCCAGCGGGGCCUCUCUCAGGAGGGAAGCGUGGCUGUAGUGGAGGGACUGCCUGGAGCUCCCCCCUCCUGCUAUACACCGUGCUGCUCCAGUGAAGUGUGGAGUCUGCUGUUGACUGUGGGGCUCCAGGACGGGCCAUUCCUCAUCUACCGCCUCUACCUCAUGAUCAGGGAGAACGUUCUCAACCAGCUAAUGAUCUUCUUCACCUGUAAAAACAUCCUUGUCGUCCUGCUGGAGUUCUACAGGAUCUUUGUGGUGCAGUGUGAGCAGCAGGGGGAGGGCUGCCUAGGGGGGCUGGAGAGGUGUGCAAUGCCCUGGUGCCAACAAGCCCAGGAGGAGGAGGUGGAGGGAAGACGACAGGAUAGUGGAGAACAGAACUGCCAGAGAGAGGAGGGGAGGGAGGGCUGUCUGCAUGGAGACACAGCUAUCUCUUCCAGGGUCUGUGGAACGUACAACUCCUCUGGGAAAAGGGUUCCAGGAAAGAGAUGUCCACGAGAGUGUAAGGACUUACAGGAAACUCCCUGA